AUGGUACAGCGUCUAACGUUUAGACGACGAUUGUCGUACAAUACCAAAUCAAACCAGAGGAGAAUAGUACGAACACCUGGUGGACGCCUUGUUUAUCAGUAUGUCAAGAAGCCCAAGAAGAUCCCAAGAUGUGGUCAGUGCAAAAGCAAACUCAGAGGUAUUCAACCUGCUCGCCCAGCUGAGCGUUCCAGACUUUGCUACCGCAAAAAAACAGUCAAGCGUGUAUAUGGUGGUGUACUCUGUCACAAAUGUGUAAAGCAACGCAUUGUUAGAGCAUUCCUCAUUGAAGAACAGAAGAUUGUUAAGGUUCUUAAAGCACAGCAAGCCACAGCAAGAGUUGGAAAAAAGCCUGCGAAAUGA